AAAUUCACACAUAUGGUUCUUUCACUUCGCCAUUUGCCGCUAUUUUGUUGUAAUUAUAUGCUUUAUAUUCAUAUAAAGCACUCUAUUGAACCGUUUUUUAUGCAACUCUGUGAUAAAUGCAUCUGCGUGUGCGAACGUUUGACAGCUUUUGUAAUCUGUAAAGUCAUUGCAAAUACCGAGAAAAAAGAAGAAAAAUUUUGAUUUUAUUAAAAUUUUCUAAAUUGUUAUCUAAAAAUGCCGGACUAUUUGGGCGAUGAUCAACGAAAAAUUAAGCAUGAAGAGAAAGAGGAUAAAGAAAUAAAAUCUCUGGAUGAGGGAGAUAUUGAACUAUUGAAGACUUACGGCCAAAGUCAAUAUCAUAAAGCCAUUAAAAUUAUUGAGGAAGAUAUACAAAAAGCUGUUAAGCAAGUCAAUGAAUUAACUGGUAUUAAGGAAAGCGAUACUGGUUUAGCACCACCCGCUCUAUGGGAUUUGGCAGCUGACAAACAAAUCCUGCAGAACGAACAACCUCUCCAAGUAGCGCGUUGCACUAAGAUAAUAAACGCCGAUUCAGAUGAUCCGAAAUAUAUUAUUAAUGUUAAGCAAUUUGCAAAAUUUGUGGUUGAUUUGGCUGACUCAGUCGCGCCCACUGAUAUAGAAGAGGGCAUGCGUGUAGGGGUAGAUCGUAAUAAAUAUCAGAUUCAUAUUCCCCUACCACCCAAAAUUGAUCCCACCGUAACUAUGAUGCAAGUGGAAGAUAAGCCAGAUGUAACUUACAGUGAUGUGGGUGGUUGUAAAGAGCAAAUAGAAAAGCUAAGAGAAGUGGUGGAGACUCCAUUACUGCAUCCGGAAAAAUUUGUCAACUUGGGUAUAGAACCGCCUAAAGGUGUUUUAUUAUUCGGUCCACCGGGUACAGGAAAAACAUUAUGCGCUAGGGCUGUAGCGAAUCGUACUGAUGCCUGCUUUAUACGUGUAAUUGGCUCCGAGCUGGUGCAGAAGUAUGUGGGCGAAGGAGCUCGUAUGGUAAGAGAGUUGUUUGAAAUGGCUCGUUCCAAAAAGGCUUGUCUUAUAUUUUUCGAUGAAAUUGAUGCUAUCGGAGGAGCACGUUUCGAUGACGGUGCUGGCGGCGAUAAUGAAGUGCAACGUACAAUGUUGGAAUUGAUAAAUCAGUUGGACGGUUUUGAUCCACGAGGUAAUAUUAAAGUGUUAAUGGCUACCAAUCGUCCAGAUACUCUGGAUCCAGCGUUGAUGCGCCCGGGGCGUUUAGAUCGCAAGGUGGAGUUUGGUUUGCCGGAUUUGGAAGGACGUACGCACAUCUUUAAGAUACACGCUCGCUCAAUGUCCGUAGAACGUGACAUACGUUUUGAAUUAUUAGCACGACUAUGUCCCAAUUCUACUGGAGCUGAAAUACGAUCCGUAUGUACGGAAGCUGGCAUGUUUGCUAUACGCGCUCGACGCAAAGUAGCUACCGAGAAAGAUUUCUUGGAAGCAGUUAACAAAGUUAUUAAGAGUUAUGCCAAGUUCAGUGCUACGCCACGUUACAUGACUUACAAUUAAUUUGCUUAAAGUUUGUAUUUAAGACUUGUUGUGAGGCAAUCGCUUUUCGAAAAAUUUAUAUUCAGAAUAAAUUCCCAAAUCUAUGAGUCAAAAAAUA